AUGCGUGAAGCUGCUAAGCGACUGCAAAAGGGCGGUAAAAUUAUUAAUUUAUCCAGCAGUGUGGUGGGGAUGAAGCUCGAAACUUAUGCUGCUAUUGAAUCCUUAACGGCUAUUUUAGCCAAAGAGUUAAGAGGAAAAAAUAUCACGGUAAAUGCAAUUGCACCUGGGCCUACGGCAACUGAACUUUUUCUUGAAGGCAAAAGUGAUGAAUUGAUUGCUCAGUUGAGCAAAGCUGCACCUUUAGAGCGUUUAGGCACUGUAGAAGAUAUUGCCGCAGUGUUGGAUUUCGCCGUAAAUGAAGCGAGUAAUUGGGUCAAUGCCCAAGUCCUUCGGGUCAAUGGUGGGAUCGUUUAA